AGGAAUAUGGCAGCGUCCUGAGUCUUGUUGGGGGGGGAUACAGCGCAACUGAGUACCUUCAGCAUCAGAGUGGGAAAACUGAAAAGCACUGGCCGCACUCAGAGGAGGGUGGGGGGCUGAGGGACGGCUACUAUUAACACCCAUUGCCGAUUUAACAGGUGGAGCAAUAGUCUCGACGUCGCAAAGGAAAGCCAGUGUGCUUGUUUGUAGCCAGGCAGUUAACCGUUCAGGGCCUGCUGCCAUGGAGCAGAGUUGGGUUAGCUUCCUGAGAGACAGGUCGUGUGAAAAGAUGAAUGUCGUCAAAGAAAACAAAGACCUGGCCUGUUUCUACACCACCAAACACUCCUGGAGGGGAAAAUACAAGCGCGUGUUUUCAGUGGGGACACAUGGCAUUACCACGUACAACCCUACCACGUUAGAAGUAACGAAUCAGUGGCCUUAUGGAGACAUUUGCGGUAUUGGUCCCGUAGGAAAAGGUCAGGGUACGGAAUUCAGCCUCACGUUCCGCAAAGGCAGCGGGAAGAAGUCUGAAACGCUCAAGUUCUCAACAGAGCACCGAACAGAGCUACUUACAGAAGCUCUGAGAUUCAGAACAGAGUUUUCAGAAGGGAAGAUAACUGGCAGACGUUACAACUGCUACAAGCAUCAUUGGAGUGACACACGGAAAGCUGUGAGUUUGGAGGUAACGCCUGGAGGCAUCGACCAGAUCGACCCCCACACAAACCGAGUCGUGUGCUCCUAUGACUACCGAAACGUAGAGGGUUUUGUGGAGGUUUCUGAUUACCAGGGAGGGUUCUGCAUCCUCUACGGUGGCUUCAGCCGGCUGCAUCUGUUUGCUUCUGAAAACCGAGAUGAAAUCAUCCGCAGCGCCAUCGAACACGCAGGAAACUUUAUUGGCAUCACUCUCCGUCUGAGGAAGGAGGCUCUGACUUUUGAGAGUUUUGUAACGGACAGAUUGGGGAAAUACAGCUCGGACGAGAGCAUCACUUCUCUAGCCGAGUUUGUGGUGCAGAAGAUCACCCCUCGACACCCGGAGCCUGUUAAGCGUAUUCUGGCCUUGACGGAGACCUGUCUAGUGGAAAGAGACCCAGCUUCAUACAACAUAGUCACCAUAAAACCAUUUGGAGAGGUUUUUGCUCUCAUCUGUGAUGUAGACAACCCUCAGGUGUUUACAGUUGAAUUCAUCAGGGGUCAGAUCAGGAAGUACUCCUCUACUGAAAGGGACUCUCUGUUAGCCAGCCUGCUCGAUGGAGUCCGAGCGUCUGGCAACAGGGAUGUGUGCGUCAAGAUGGCCCCCACGCAGAGAGGACAAAGGUGGGGUUUGCUGAGCAUGCCUGUGGAUGAAGAGGUGGAGAGUUUGCAUCUCAGAUUCCUGGCAGCACCUCCCAACGGAAACUUUGCUGAUGCCGUGUUCAGAUUCAAUGCCAACAUAUCCUACAGUGGAGUACUUCAUGCAGUUACUCAGGAUGGCCUUUUCUCCGAGAACAAAGAGAAGCUCAUCAACAAUGCCAUACUGGCUCUUUUAUCCCAGGAGGCUGAGCUGCCGACUCUUAACGCUGAGCUGGAAAGCCAUUUUCAGGCCAUUCGACGCUUGGUGGCCUCCAAGGCUGGCUUCCAGGCUUUCACCCAGCUGCCGAAGCAUGCUCUGUCAUUCCAAGGUCUGGUCAAGGGUCUGGACUCACAGAUGCAGCGUAAAUAUGAAUCCAUACAUCUCAGUCUGCCCUUUGUCUGCCAGUAUUUCAAACCCCUUCUUGAUCUUUCCAGAAUCUGUCCUAGUUGUCUGUUCAGGGAAAAGUUGGGAGUAAAGACAGUUAAAGCUUUGAAAAGGAACAACAAUGGUGUGACUCAUGCUGCUAUAGACAUGCUCUGUGCCCUUAUGUGUCCAAUGCAUGAUGAUUAUGACCUGCGGCAAGAGCAGCUGAACAAGGCUUCUCUGCUUUCUUCUAAGAAGUUUCUGGAAAACCUUCUUGAAAAAUUCAUCACCAACGUGGACCAUGGAACAGGUGCUUUGGUCAUCAGCUCUUUAUUGGACUUCUUGACGUUUGCGCUGUGCGCCCCCUAUAGUGAAACAACUGAGGGCCAGCAAUUCGAUAUGCUGCUCGAGAUGGUUGCAUCCAACGGUCGAACAUUAUUUAAACUGUUUCAGCAUCCCUCUAUGGCAAUAGUAAAGGGAGCUGGCCUGGUGAUGAAAGCUAUUAUUGAGGUAGGUUUUGCCGUUGUUUCUCGAGCUGCAGUACUGCAGGAGGGAGACAAAGAAAUCGCCACCAAGAUGCAAGAGCUGGCCUUGAGUGAAGGAGCUCUGCCAAGACAUCUGCACACAUCAUUGUUCACCAUCAGUUCGGACCAGCGGAUGCUUACUAACAGGCAACUGAGUCGUCAUUUGGUGGGACUCUGGACAGCAGAGAACCCUGUGGCUAUGAACCUGCUUAAAAGGAUCCUGCCAACGGGGCUGUUGGCUUACUUGGACAGUCCUGACCCUGUUCCAGAAAAAGACGUGGACAGAAUGCACAUACGUGACAACCUGAAAAUCGCCACGGACCAGCUUAACCGCAACAAGGUGCCUGAGUGGCAGCGGAUUGCAGGCAAAGCAGCCAAAGAGGUGGAGAAGUUUGCCAAGGAGAAAGCUGACGUAGUGCUGAUGCACUGGAGAGAUAAGAUGGGCAUUGCCCAGAAAGAGAGUUUAGUGACCUGUGACCCUUGUUGUGAUUCAUCUCUGUUUGAUCUGAGGAACAAUAAUCUCUCUGUGUCUCUACCCCACCCUCCCUUUGUCUUGUCUGGUUUCUGUGCUGUCAAACAAUGCAGCAGGACAGAAAUAACCUGAUUCCAGCUUGACCAUGCACGCUCCAACCUCAUCUGGAACCUUAAAACGAGAGAGGAGCUGCGGGAUGCUUUGGAGGGGGAGAUGCGUGCUUUCAGUGUGGACCGUGAGCUUGGCAGUGCCACAGUCAUUUCCUGGAAUCACCAGGAGUUCGAGGUGAAAUAUGAGUGCCUUUCGGAUGAGAUAAAGAUUGGGGAUUAUUACCUGCGCCUGCUCCUGGAGGAGGAUGAAAAUGAAGAAUCGAGUGCCAUCAAGAGAUCAUACGAGUUCUUCAACGAACUCUACCACCGCUUUUUGCUGACACCCAAAGUCAUGAUGAAGUGCCUGUGCCUGCAGGCACUUGCCAUAGUUUAUGGCAAGUGCUACGAGGAGAUCGGCCCCUUCACAGACACAAAGUACAUUGUGGGCAUGCUGGACCGGUGUACCGAUAAGCUGGAAAGGGACAGACUCAUCCUCUUUCUUAACAAGCUCAUUCUUAACAAGAAAAAUGUGAAAGACGUGAUGGAUUCAAAUGGAGUUCGUAUCUUGGUGGACCUGCUUACCUUGGCUCAUCUGCAUACCAGCAGGGCUACUGUGCCACUUCAGAGCAACGUUCUGGAAGCAGCACCAGACAUGAAGAGAGAGAGUGAGAAGGAGUGGUACUUUGGCAAUGCAGACAAGGAGAGAAGAGGGCCUUUUAGUUUUGAGGAGAUGCAGGAGUUUUGGAACACGGGUGUCCUCACGGCAAAGACCCGCUGCUGGGCGCAGGGGAUGGAUGGUUGGCGCCCCCUACAGGCCAUUCCUCAGCUGAAGUGGUGCCUCCUGGCCACAGGACAGGCAGUGAUGAAUGAGUCGGACCUGGCUACAAUGAUCCUCAACAUGCUCAUCAGCAUGUGCUCCUACUACCCCAGCAGGGACCAAGAUAAUGCCAUUAUCCGUCCUUUGCCUAAGAUUAAGAGGAUGAUCAGUGACAACGCCUGCCUCCCACACAUUGUCCAGCUGCUGUUAACAUUUGACCCCAUUCUGGUGGAAAAGGUUGCUAAUCUUCUGUACCUAGUGAUGCAGGACAACCCCAAUCUGCAGCGACUCUAUUUGACUGGAGUCUUCUUCUUCAUAAUGAUGUACACAGGCUCCAAUGUGCUUCCUGUUGCAAGGUUCCUGAAGUACACUCAUUUGAAACAAGCCUUCAAAUCAGAGGAGUCGAAGGGACAGGACAUUGUACAGCGAAGCGUUCUGGGACCAGUGUUGCCUGAGGCAAUGGUGUGUUACCUGGAAAACUAUGAGGCUGAGCGCAUCUCUGAGAUAUUCCUGGGGGAAUUUGACACACCAGAGGCCAUUUGGAGCAGUGAGAUGAGGCGGAUGAUGAUUGAGAAGAUAGCAGCUCAUGUAGCAGACUUCAGCCCCAGGCUGCAGAGCAACACACGAGCCCUCUACCAGUACUGCCCUAUUCCUGUAAUCAGCUUCCCUCAGUUGGACAAUGAGCUCUUCUGCAACAUCUACUACCUCAGACAUCUUUGUGACACCACUCGCUUCCCCAACUGGCCCAUUCGGGACGCUGUGAAGCUACUAAAAGACACUCUUGAAGCUUGGAAAAGGGAGGUGGAGAAGAAGCCUCCUCAGAUGUCAGUGGAUGAUGCAUAUGAAGUUCUCAGCCUUCCCAAAGGACAGGGCCAGCAUGAGGAAAGUAAAAUCAGGAAAGCUUACUUCAGACUCGCACAGAAGUACCAUCCUGACAAAAACCCAGAGGGAAGGGACAUGUUUGAGAAAGUGAACAAAGCCUACGAGUUUCUCUGCACAAAGUCUGCCCGAAUUGUGGAUGGCCCUGAUCCAGAAAACAUUAUCCUCAUCCUCAAAACACAGAGCAUCCUGUUCAACCGACAUAAACAAGAACUGGAACCUUACAAAUACGCUGGUUACCCCAUGCUCAUCAAAACGAUCACGAUGGAGACUGAGGAUGACCAGCUUUUCUCUAAAACAUCGCCUCUCCUGCCGGCUGCUGCUGAACUGGCCUUCCACACGGUGAACUGCUCGGCUCUCAACGCAGAGGAGCUGCGCCGUGAGAACGGCAUUGAGAUAUUAUUGGAGGCUCUUUCUCGUUGUGUUGCUGUACUGACUGCAUCCAGCAAACCUGAGGACAUGGCUGUACAGGUGUGCGGGCACAUCUGUAAGUGCUACAGUGUAGCGGCACAGUUUGAAGAAUGCAGGGAGAAGAUCAUUGAACUUCCCAACAUCAUCCGGGACCUCUGCCACAUCUUGUUCUAUGGAAAGGGUCUCCCAAAGACUGCUGCACUGGCAGUUCAGUGUGUCAGCUCCUUCGCGGUGGAUUUCUUCCUCCAAACCCAUCUGUACCACGCUGGUGUGCUCUGGCACCUUCUGGUCCAUCUCUUCAACUACGACUACACCCUGGAGGAGAGUGGCGUCCAGGCCAACCAGGACACAAACCAGCAGGAGGUGGCCAACUGCCUGGCCAAGCUCAGCCUGUUGGCCCUCAGUCGUCUGGGAGGCUACACCCAAGUGCCACACAGCCUGGACGGCACCAACGCUGUUUCAGAGACCAACGGUUUAGAGGGAACCCCUCCAGAGAACCCCACCAUCCGCAAGAGCUUAGCGGCCAUGCUCACACCGUACAUUUCGAGAAAGCUGGGGACAGGAUCUCCUGCUGAGGUUUUGAAGCUGCUAAAUAGUAACUCAGAGAAUCCCUACCUGAUCUGGAACAACGGAACACGGGCUGAGCUGCUGGAGUUCCUGGAGGGUCAGCAGGAGGGCAACGUUAAGAGAGGAGAAAACGACAAGAGCUUUGGUGCAGAGUUUUUGUUCAGUGAUCACAGCAAAGAGCUCAUAGUGGGAGAAAUCUUUGUCCGAGUGUACAAUGAACAACCUUCUUUCCCACUGGAGUUCCCCAAAGCAUUUGCUGCCAGUCUGCUGGACUAUGUCGGCUCCCAGGCUCAGUACCUCCACACUCUGCUGGCCAUGAGUCAGAGUAAUAAGGUGGAGUCCCAGCAGCAUGCUGAGAGGCUGCGCUUUGCUGAGAUGGCUUUAGAGGCUCUCCGCAAUGUCAUCAAGAACAACCCUGGCUCAGAAUCGGAGUGCAUUGGUCAUUUCAAGCUGCUCUUCUCUUUGCUGCGGGUUCAUGGAGCUGGCAGAGUGCAGCAGCUAGUUUUGGAGGUUGUGAACACAGUUACAUCAAACCAGGAUUGUGUGAGCAACAUUGCCGAGUCUCUGGUCCUGUCCAACCUUUUGUUGCUGCUGCAUUCACUGCCCUCCAGCCGUCAGCUGGUGCUGGAAACCCUCUAUGCGCUGACGUCAAACACAAAGAUAGUCAAAGAGGCUAUGGCCAAAGGUGCUCUGAUCUACUUGCUGGACCUCUUCUGUAACUGCACACACCCCCAGGUUCGCACUCAGACUGCAGAGCUCUUCUCCAAGAUGACCUCAGACAAGCUGGUUGGGCCAAAGGUGCGUCUGACACUCAUGCGUUUCCUUCCGGGUGUGUUUAUGGAUGCGAUGCGUGACAACGCUGAGGCGGCCGUUCACAUUUUUGAGGGAACACAUGAAAACCCAGAGCUCAUCUGGAAUGACACCUCAAGGGAGAAAGUGUCCACCACUGUCCGGGAGAUGAUGCUCGACCACUUUAAACAGCAGAAGGAUAAUCCUGAUGUGAACUGGAGGUUGACAGAUGAUUUCACGGUGGCUUACGGAGCUGGUCAGGGUGAGCUUGAAGUUGGUGGAGUCUUCUUGCGCAUCUUUAUUGCUCAACCUGGGUGGGUGCUACGGAAGCCUCGGGAGUUCCUGGUCUCCCUCCUGGAAACCUUGACAGAGCUGCUGGAAAAAAACAACCCCAACGGCGAGGCCCUGGAGACAGUAACCACAGCAGCAGUUUGCCUCUUCAGCACCCAGAGCCAGCUGGCCGACCAGGUUCCCCCUCUGGGUCACCUGCCUCGCAUCCUGGCCGCACUUAACCACAGGAACAACGCCGUGCCCAAAAGCUCCAUCCGCCUCAUCCACGUCCUGUCAGACAACGAGCUGUGUGUACGCUCCAUGGCUUCCCUGGAGACGAUUGGCCCCCUGAUGGCUGGGAUGAAAGCACGGGCAGACAUGGCCGGUCUGGCUUGUGAAGCCCUCAACCGCAUGUUCCAAAAGGAGCAGACAGAACUAGUUGCUCAGGCUCUCAAAGUGGAGCUGGUGCCAUACCUCCUGAAAUUACUGGAAGGAAUUGGCCUGGAGACAUUAGAAAACCCCUCAGCUACAAAGGCCCAGAUAGUAAAAGCUCUCAAAUCAAUGACUCGCAGUCUGCAGUUCGGAGAGCAGGUGAAUGAAAUUCUUGCAAGGUCCUCAGUAUGGAGUGCCUUCAAAGACCAGAAACACGAUCUUUUCAUCUCAGACUCCCAGACCGCAGGCUACUUGACAGGGGUUUCCACUCCUUCUCUCCUGGCCGCCAGCAGCCCACUGCGAGGUCCAGGAGUUGCAGGUUACCUUACAGCAGGAACUGGAGCCACUGUUAUGUCCAGCGUCCCACCCCCUGUGGACAAUGACAUUGGAGACCAAGGCUGAAGGAUGCCCCCGUGGUCCUGCUCAGGCACCCCGACUGCCCUGCAGCUGCACGCCUGCGGCACCGAGGGAACCAGCUCAGCUCCCCCAGAUGAGGGGAUCCAGAAGGACGACAUCCAGGCAGAGCCAGCCCUCACCAAAUUUCACCAAAAUCUCUGCAACACCCUCUGCAGCAUCACUCACCUUUCCCCCAUUAGGAUGGACACUUCAGUCUUCAAAAACACGUCGUUGUAAUGAAUGACCACAUUUGUUUGUUUUUUUCUGUACUACUUUUGUUUCUUCCAAUGACAGAAAAAAGUUUACUUUUUGUAUGAAUAUAUUUUUUACUCUAGAUUUUUUUUUUCAUCAGAAAGAAAUGGGAAGACCAAGGCUUGUUAUUGGGAAAUUGUUUCCUCUUUAUUCAUCGUGUCUGUCAGUCCUAAAUUUCUGUUCUCAUCUGAGGCUAUUUUGCAUUGUUUGUGCACUGGAACUGUCCCCCUGUUUUGUAAUUUGUCAUUUCUGAAUUUUUGGAUGAGUCUUAAAAUUGAAAAGAAAAUGUCAUAGCAAAUCAUACAUUGUCAUGAAUAAUUUCUCUGCCCCAGAUCUAGAGAAAAUAAUUUAACUUUAACCCUCAGGAGGAAGCUGACCUGUAUGAUUCUGUCAGGUCAUGACACAGAUCUGCCCUCCUAAUGGCCAGCCUUUUAUUCCUCUUCUGCAUACACUCUGCUCUCUAGCUACUCUUUUUGUCUGUCUCAUAAUUUUUAAAGUAAUUCUCCUCCCCAGAAUGCAAAAAGCACUAGAAUAUUUAUGAGUGAAAAAUAACCAUUGGAUAUGAGCUUCUGCUGACAUGACGAAUGACUGAUUAUGAAUCUAUGUGAAAGACUAGUGCAAUUUGUGAAAUGUUCAAUGUAAUAUUACGUAUAUAAACUUUCUAUAUUGAAUGUACAUUAAAAAAAUCAGUCACACUUGUACAUAAAAUUUUAAGAAUAAAAGGGAACCCACAGUGUU